UACUAUACAUAUUUCGUUUAUAUAUAUAUAACAGCGACCAACAUUGUUAAAUUCAUAUGUAUAAAUGUAGCGCAGGACCGAAUGAAUUUAUAACCUGUUUUAUCUUCAACAUUGAUGUCAAAGAAGCCAAACACUAUAAUCAGUUUGUGUUAGUUUGGUUAAUCUGCAUUGCCGGAUUGCUGUGGAAAAGACGGGUUAAGUUCGCUGAUACCUGGGCAGAAAUAACCCCAUAGGUUUGGCAUUUGUGUCACUUUUUUCUCAACUCGGGUUUUGUGGAGAAUUGUUUACAGCCAGGUAACCCGUCGGGCACGAAGUACUCUACCAACAAGACAAUGCCAGGACUUGACGGUGGUGGGCGAGGGACUUAUUCGCUGUUGGACCUCACCUGUAAUUAAUACGUGGAAUACAACUUGUCCCACGCAGGACCCGUUUCCUUGUCAAUGUGACAUUUCGACACUGACUGUCGGAGGACUUAAAAACACACAGACAAACUCACAUACAUACUCUUACAGCGUGUGAUGAGCGCCGGUUGUGGAUUCAGUUUACUUAUGCAAGAAAAGUGUUCAAAAUGAAAGCAGGAUUUGAGGUCUUGGUCUGUCUACUUCCGUGAACAAACUUUGUGGUAAUGGGCUACAUACAUUUUGCAUUCCGUUCUUCAGCACGUGUUUAUCAACAUCCACCAGCCGUCUGCUAAUGUUCAGACCUCACCCCAUUCACGAGUGGAAAGACGUGUCACAGCGAGUCAAUACGGAUACCUCGUGUUGUUAAGACUCUAUUCAACUGCUACAAUACGACCAUUAUAUACAGGAGAAUUUAGUCCUAUUGGACACCGCUUUAUUAUGUGGACUCCCUAAUAAAAAAGGAGAGACGUGGAUUGGCGUAAACAUAUUAGUCUUGACCCAUAUUCCAGAAAGGAUCAGUCACAAAAUUGGGAAGGUGUUUUCGUUAAUCUUGUUAAUAUUACAUGAAAGUAUUUAGUAUGAUUCACCUUUAUGCGAGUACUUUAUAAGGGUGUUAAUAUGUUGAAUUCUUCGCCAACAAGGACAGCAUAUUAGUUUCAGAGAGAAAUCGGUUUUCGGUUAGUGGAUCAUAUAGAAAAAGUUCUUCUUUCGGACAAGGAUUCACGUUUUUAGUGUACCUGUCACCUAUCCAUAUAAUUCAAGAUGUGGACUAUCCAGUGGAUUGUUUUCGUUUUGUUCCUCAAGAUUUUACAAGAUGUUUCAGGAGAGAAAGUGGAAGCCUGUAGAUCGACUUUAUGUAGAUGUCAUAAGCAGAAUGACAGAACUACAGUGUCUUGUAGAAACCAGAAUGGCAUCACUGAGAUACCCAAAAAUAUUCCACCGGCUACAAAAGUACUAGACUUGUCAGCCAACUCAAUAUCUUCCAUAAUGGAAGACGAUUUACAAAACUUGGAACAGUUAGAAACAUUAUUUCUUUUGCAAAACAGUAUUACAGAAAUUCAUCCCAAGGCCUUCCGUAACCUGUACAGUCUGAAAACGCUGGUUCUUUCAGACAACAAACUGACGGAAAUAAUGGCGGAUCACUUUCAACAUUUAUCAAGUAUUCAGAGAAUUGAUCUGCAGAAGAAUAAUAUCACAUAUAUAUCCAAGUUUGCGUUCAUAACCCUUCCCUUGAACAAGAAAGUAACAGUCAUGUUCGGAGGAAACAAGCACCUGUACUGUGGAUGCGCUCUGAAGGCGAUCAGGAAGUCCCUGUCGACAAACUCCAAGCUCUACCUGGACAACCUGCACUGUUCUAACGUGAAAAACAAGCUACCUCUCAAUGACAUGCGCGACCAAGACUUCCCAUCAUGCACAGAAGAGGAAGAAAACAUUUUCCCAAGCAGACAGUAUUGUCGUUACUGUUCAUCAAGCAGGACAAAUGGGAAAUGUCUCGAUGCAGACCAAAACCGAGUUUGUCACGGACAGAAGAUGGCGUGUAUCAACCGGGUGGAGUACAACAGGGGUCGUCUAAACGUCAGUCGCGGCUGUAUGGAGCUCCAGGACUGCAUGGCACUGGAGGCGGCUAACAAAGACACGUGCGCCAUCCAGCACCGCCCAACCCUGCACUGCAACUACUGCUGUGUCGGCAACAACUGUAACGCCAAACAGAUGGGAGGACGCACAUCCGACUUCACGUUUUACGUAUCAUUCAGCUUGGGUAACCAGGAAUACAAACCCGAGCUGGCGGACCAGCAGUCCUCUGAGUACAUCAAGUUGUCUAAUGGACUUAAAGCAGCUAUGUCAUCCGACAUGCAGGACACUGAAGGCGGAUACUCUGUAAUCAUUCUUGGAUUUACUCCUCCCGAUCUGGUGGUGUACCUCAAGAUCCACAGCACUAAUCUGAACACUCACACGGAGGUCCAAGUGAAGAUUCUCAUCAGAGAGAUCAUACAGAACGGGGCGAGCAAGGGAGCUCUUCGCCAAUUCAAAGUCAACACCCAGCGACUAGUCAUAACUACACGAGAAUUCAAGUUUUGUCAGAGUAUGUCCGACAACAACGACAAAGGCAAUUUCACUUGGCCGCUGAUGUCCACUGGAACGGUCAGUGAAAUCCAGUGUCCAUUCAAACCGGCAGAGGGUGAAGAUAGUGUCAGAAUAGCAACGAGAAAAUGCUCACUGUCAAGAAACGGCGAUCCCGUGUGGGAAGAUGCGAACUACUCGAGCUGUGAGUACACCAGCGGAACAACGAGAGAUCUCCAGGACUUGAAUCAGCAGUUCGUCACAAGCGAUAAUGUCUUUAACAUUUCCAAAAAGCUAAAAACCUUUGCAAAGGACUUCCAGAACUUCAGAAAGGUGGAUGUUGGGUUUGCUGUAAACAUCGUGGAAAGAAUUCUGAACGUCCCAGUGACAAUGACGUCACGGCCCACAAUUCUCAACACACUGUCUGCUGUCAGCUCUGUAAUGGGGGUCAGAAAAAGCACCCUUCUUGAGGCGGAGCAAGUAACACAAGCUUCCACCAGAUUGCUGAAUUCUGUUGACAAAAUCGUCAACAACGUCUCGUUAACCGACGGCAACUUGUCCGUUGUGGAGCCUAACCUCGCCGUGGUCGCUGUUAAAGUGGACCCGGACAAUUUCCCCGGACUGGUGUUCUCCACCACUGCGGAUAAUGACCAGGACUCGUCUUUGUCUAACGAUACGAUGAGGCUGUUAAACACCACCAAUAUUAGUGAUUUUAACCAAAGCACGUCUACUGCCAUUGCUCUCCCGAACAGCAUGUUCACGUCGUUGGGAGCGGCCUCUAAAGGGAUUGACAGAAUCACAUUCAGUUUGUACCAGAGCGACAAGCUUUUCUCUGUAUACAAAGAUGCCAGAUCAGGCCCAACAAUAAACCCAACCGGCGGGUUUGUUAACAACCCCGCCAAAGACGCUGUUGGUGACAAGGACGGUGACGAAGCUACAGAUCCAACACCAACCACUACGACAGCAGCCACUGCGAGUCCGACGGCCAAGUUCACCACCAAAGUAAACAGCAGGGUGAUCUCCGCCAGCAUUCCAAACAUUGUCAUCAAGGAUCUCCGAGAACCAGUUCUCAUUUCGUUUUUCCACGUGCUAGAGAAUGGUACGAAACCCCAGUGUGUGUUCUGGGACGAGAACACGGCGACGGCAGGACAGGCGGGGUGGUCGUCACGGGGGUGUUUUGUCACAGAAUCAGUGGCAGACUCGUUCACCACCUGCGCCUGUGAUCAUCUCACAAACUUUGCCCUCAUGAUGGAUAUCUACCCAGAUGGUAUCUCGCUAUCGGAAGAUGACAAGGUGGCGCUGUCUAUCAUUUCUUACAUCGGGUGUGGCGUGUCGUUGCUGGCUCUUAUUGUCACUGUGGCAACGUAUCUCAUGUUCAGGAAAUUACGUCGAGAUAACCCAUCAAAGAUUCUAGUGAAUCUAUGCAUUACCCUUGCUGCAGCGAACCUCAUAUUUCUCUUUGGCAUGCAAGACUACGCCUUUGCCGAUCCCAUAGCUUGCAAGGUGGUGGCUGCGCUGAUGCACUUCGCGCUGCUGUCGGCGCUGACGUGGAUGGCGGUGGAGGCGUUCUACAUGUACCUGGCCCUCGUGCUCGUCUUCAAGACCUACUUCGAACACUUCAUGCUCAAGUGCAGCCUCAUUGGAUGGGGUUUACCGUUGGUAAUAGUGGCAAUAACCCUUGGAGUUGGGUCUACAGAGAACUAUGGGUUGCUUGGAUCAGGAAUCUGCUGGUUAAAGAACCCAGCGUUCUACAUCGCGUUCCUGGCCCCAGUGUCCCUGAUCCUGCUGAUGAACCUCCUGGCCUUCGGGCUCGUCCUGCGUCAGAUCCUCGGGGUGUCCGCCAAGAACCUCAACAAGUCCGACAAGGCGAGCACCGUCACGCAGCUACGGGGCGCCGUCGGCGUCAUCAUCCUGCUCGGCCUCACCUACAUCUUCGCCAUCUUCGCCAUCGGCCAGGCCAGCAUCGUGUUCUACUACCUGUUCGCCAUCUUCAACUCGCUGCAGGGACUCUUCAUAUUCAUAUUCUACUGCGUCUUCAAGAAGGACGCGCUCAACACGUGGAGGAGAUGGCUGCCGUGCUGUGUGAUGGUGGAUGAGAAGUCCGCGGCAACAACAAGCAGAGGCGGAGUUCGCAGCUUCAAUGGUGUUGUGUUAACUGCCACAAGAUGUAAUAUUCCGCAGAAUUAUCAUUAUCGCGAACAGCUUUCUCUGCUCCCUGUAUCAUCAGAAGGGUACACACCAAACUCCCACAAUACAGGCAAGAACUCAUUGACCGACUCAGCAUCAGGGCACCCAGUCACAAAGCGAGGUGUAAGGGCCGGUGAUUACAGCGUUGAUAGCGGAAUAGGUGGAAGCAGUGGCUGUUGGGAUUCCCGAGAUUCGACGACAAUCUAACCUUUGAUGACUAGACCUCAGUAACUAAACCUUGAUGACCAGACCUUGACUAGGAACAUGUACUGAUUCAUUCUGUGGAUGAGACUAUUACAUACCAGUGACUUAAUACGGAACGCUAUAUUAAUUUCAAAUGAGGAGUAUUAUAUGUUUUACUGCAUUGACAAUAAGUAAAGGUGAAGACGAAGAACAUGUUAAAAAGAUGUUUUAAAAAGAAAGAAAAAGAACACAAAAUUGCAAAAUUGCUGUUUGUGUUUUCUACAUAUAGGACGAAUAUUGUGGCGUUAUACAGCAGUGCAGUAUACAAAGGAACAUAAUAGUGAUGUGAAUAGAUAUACCAUAGCAACUGGUUUAGUCUAUAAGACACGAUGUGCGUCACUAAACUGUCAUGUUUAUUGGGUUCUCUAGUGAAGUGGAUGGAUACCAGAGCAAAAACAAUUAGAAGAUAUAUAUACUCCAUGCAUAAUGAAACCCAUUGGGACUCUGGUUCCUGAAAAUGGCGUGGGUGUAUUGUCAAGGGAAUUGGAUAAGCAGAUUACAAGACAUACUGCAAUUUAACACGAGACCAAUAUCGUAAACGGAAACUGCAGUGUCGAAACCCAAUGUCAAAACUGGAAACACUAUCAUCCUAAAACGGAGCCAGUCAUAACAUUACAAAACAGUAAUGAUGCCAACAAUUGCCAACAUUAUUUGGCAGACACUUAAAAAGACAUGACGUGUGCAUAAUAUAUCCGAUAUGAACAUUGA